GGAGGGACGAUAAUGGGUAUGACAGGGCCAAAUAAGAGUAGCUAGCAAUCCCUCUCAUGAAGGAUUUCGUAUGUGUUUUGAAUUGGUAUAAUCAAGAUUAUUUUGUCUCACUGCAUAGAAUACCUUAGACCAGACGAAAUGGCCCCUCGUGCACCCCCUCGCGGCAUCUACGCCCCCGUCGUGGCCUUUUUCCACGAAGACGAGACUCUCGACAUCGAAGCUUUGAAGACUCACAUUACGCGGCUCGCCAAGUCGGGCGUGGCCGGCCUGGUCAUCCAGGGAUCCAACGGAGAGGCGCCGCAUCUGCUCCACUCGGAGAGACAGCAGGUCAUCGCAACGGCGGCCGAGGUACUCAAGCAGCACGGAAAGCCCGAGGCCGUCAUUAUCGCCGGCUGCGGCGCGCAGAGCACACGGGAGACGAUCCAGCUCUGCACCGAGGCCAAGGAGUCCGGGGCGGACUACGCUCUCGUCCUAUCGCCGAGUUACUGGACCGGCGCGAUGCAAAAGCCCGUGAUCCAAAAGUUCUUUGACGACGUCGCAACGGCAUCGCCCAUCCCCAUCCUCCUAUACAACUUUCCCGCCGUGACAUCGGGCAUCGACCUCGACUCGGACCUCAUCGCCGACCUGGCGGCCUUGAAUCCCAAAGUCGUGGGCUGCAAGCUCACCUGCGGCAACCUAGGCAAGCUGCACCGCGUCGCGCACGACGAGCGCAUCCCUCAGCCUUUUGCCGCGUUCGCGGGCAAGUCGGACUUUUUCCUGCACGGGCUUGUGGCGGGCUCCAACGGUGUCAUCGCGGCGGCGGCCAACUUCACGCCCAAGGUGCACGUCAAGCUGCUGGAGCUGUACGAUGCCGGCAAGCUCAAGGAGGCGACCGAGCUGCAGACGAAGCUGAGCCGGGCGGAUUGGGUGCUGGUGCAGCUGGGCGUUGCCGGGUUGAAGGCUGCGCUGGAUAGGUAUUUCGGGUAUGGUGGGGGACGGAGCAGGCGGCCGCUUGGCCUUGUUGCGAGCGCAAAGUUUGAGGGAGAAAAGGAUGCGGUGCUCAAGGACUUGGUUGACUUGGAGAGUUCGCUGUGAACCUCCAGCUGGACAUGAUGGAAGAGAUGCAGAUAAGAUAAAGAUAAGAUAGAGAUAAGAUAAUACCAC